AAUAAAGAUAGAAUUAUCUUUGUUUUCAAAUUAAAAAUAAAAAUAAAAAAAUCAUGAUCUACUGUAACUACCAUUAUCUAGAUAUAUAUGAUAAAUUUAGUUUUGAAGUAAUAAGUUCACAUCCUACUAUAUUAACGCGUCUCCUAUAUCACUGGCCUUCGUCCCUUUUCUUAUACCCUGCUUAAUUUUCCUUCUUGCAAAGCAAGACUCUUCUAUCAGUCUAUACAUAUAUUGCUGCUAUAUACUUGUGAUUUUCGAUCAGAGUAGUCUUCAUUUUUUUUUUCUGCCUAUCUUCUUUUGCUCUUCAACAUGCAGCCUCAUCGCUCUAAGGUGCAAGACAAUGUACUCAAAAUGAUACCACGUGGAUACAAAUUUUGUCCUGAUGAUGUUGAAUUGAUCAAGUAUUAUUUGAAGCCCAAAAUCGAUGGUCAUAUAAUAUAUCCUGGCAGGAUUCAUGAUGUUGAUGUUUACAUGCAUUCUCCUCAAGAACUAAAUGAUACAUAUAAAUACGAAGGAGAGCAACAUACAUACUUUUUUACUCCAAGAAAUAGGAAAUAUCCUAAUGGAAAACGCCCUGAUCGAGCUACUGGACAGUUCGGUUUUUGGAAGGCUACUGGAAAAGGGAUUCCAAUAAUAUGCAAUGACAUAGUGAUUGGAAAUAAAAGGAGUUUGGUAUUUUAUCAAAAGAAGCCUACAGAUGGAGUGAAAGAGGCAGUGAAAACCAAUUGGAUUAUGCAAGAGUUCACUGUUGAAAAAGAGAAAAAUCUUGCAAGUUCAAGUACAACUCCUCCCUGCACGAUGCAGUUAGAUGAUUGGGUUUUAUGUAAGAUUUACAAGACUAAGCAUGAGACUGAAAAGCGAGAUCGUGAAGAAGUUACAAUAUCAACAAAUGUUGCCAAAAAAUGUAAAUCCAGUCAACUUUUUGAGGGUCAGUAUAUGCAAACUCACUUGUCCACAAAUGUGGUUGAUACUCCACAGUUUGAAUUCAAUCAAGAUGCUCUGCAUACACAACCACACUUGUCCACCAAUUUAAUUGCCUCUCCACAGUGUCAACCCAAUCAAUAUUUUGAUAUUGAUCAAUAUAUGCAAAAUCUCAUUUCCUCUUCUUCUCCAACCUUAGAGAGUAUAAUACACGAAAACUCAUCUAUUCCUUCCCGUUUUUCACUUCCAAUGCAAUCAUCGGAGUUUAAUGAUUCUUACUUGCAAAUGGAGUUUAAUGAUAUCCAUGUGGCUGCCACCAAUGUGGUUGACACUCCAGAGUUUCAACCCGAUCAAUAUUCUGAGGCACAAAAUAUGCAAAGGCCAUUUUCACCUUCUGCCCCUUCCUCAGACUUGAUUAUUCCUCCUCAUGCUCCAGUUCCUGUGCAAUCAUCGGAUGAGGAGUAUAUUGAUCCAUAUGAGCUAAUAAUAAACUUCGAUAAUAUUGAUGAAGCUUUGGAUUUUGAAUAAAGAUUUAGAUUUCCCUACUAAUUGCCAAAUGAGCUACUUUCCUAUCUCAUCCUCACAUAGUCAAAUUAUCAUCAGCAGAAUAUCAUUACUUCAUACCUCUUAUCAUUCUUGAAUUGGAGUUUCGGUUGUUGAGAAAAUUGUAUAGUUUAUAUUGCUUUCUUCCAUAGUGAAAAUUGUAUAGUUUAUGUUGCAACUUU